GUGUCAACAGGUCUCAAAGGACCGUGCAAUCUUUCACAUAAGCAAAUACUUGCACAGAAGCCAAGCACUGUACGUUUCUUGACGUUGAAGCAAAGCAAGCACGGGCAAGAUGCCCAAGCUUUCGCCUGAGGCGCGGGGCACGCUCACUGCUGUGGGCGUGCUUACGCUUGCAUACGUAGCUGUGCACUGGUAUUACUUCUUGUACAUGUUCCCUCGCCACAUGGUUGCCAUCUUGGACCCCCGAGAUAAGACUUUAAUGCCCAAAUCGCAGUGGGGUUUCGUUGUGCGCCUGCUACUGGCCUGGCUGGCCUACAAGCUGUAUCUGCGCCUGCGCGCCGCCGCCAAGCGCCGGGACGACGCCCGCGUGCAGCGGCGGCUGGCGGCGGCGGCGGCGGCGGGCAGCGCGGAGGCGGCGGCGACGCUGGCGGCGCGACAGCAGGAGCUGGCGGCGGCGGCUGCUGCACAGGGCGAGGCCGCACGGCUGCAGGCUGCGGCCGCGGCACGAGAGGCGGAGGCAGCUCGUGCGGCGCGUGCGGAGACGUCCGCUGCCAACUCCGCGGCACGCACCGUCGCCGGGGCGAGCAAGCAGGUGACGACCAGCAGCGCGGCGGCGGCGCUCGCGGCGGCGUCCGCGGCGGACGCAGCGGCGGCGGGCGCCGCCAAGGCGGCGGCGCGCGGCGCGGCUGACGAUGGCGCCGCGGCGCGCGAGGCGCAGCAGCGGGCCUGGCUGGCACGUCUGCAGGCGCAGCAGGACCAGGCGGCGGCGGCCAAGGCCGCGGCCGAGGUGGCGGCGCGGGCGGCGGCGGCGGCGAAGGCGGCCGGCGGCGAGGUGGCGGCGGCAGCGGCGGCGCCGAUGGCGGCGGAGCCGACGACGGCUGCGGCUGCGGCGGCUCGGGCGGCGGCUGGUGGUGGGGGAUCAGCGGCGGCGGGGCCUUCGUCCGGCUCGGCAGCUGCAGGGGCAGGGGCAGUUGGUGGCGGUGGUGGUGGCGUGCGGCCCUCCUCGUCAGCGAGCAACCACAUGACCUCUCUGGAGGAGGCGCGGGAGGCGGAGGAGCGCCAACGUGUGUGGCUGCAGCAGCUGUCGGAGAACCCCUCCCUGACGCCGCUGCAACGGGAGGCGCGGGAGGCGGAGCGCGCACUCAAGGCCGAGCAGGACGCCGCGUAUGAGGCGGCGCUGGCGGAGGACCGGCGGCGCGCGGAGGAGCGUGCGGCGGCACGUGCGGCGGAGGAGGCGGCGGCCGCAGCGGCGGCGGCGGUCGAGGCGGCGGCGGCGGAGGCGGCGGCGGAAGAGCGGCGGAAGCUGCAGGAGCUGAGAGAGAGGCUUCGGGCUGAGCUGCCGGCGGAGCCCGGGGCCGAGUCCGAGGGGGCGGUGCUGGUGCGGGUGCGGCUGCCGGACGGCUGCUCGCACACACGCCGCUUCGCGCCCGCCGCGCCGGUGCAGCAGGUGCGCGACUGGCUGCAGUCCCUGGACAGCUUCCCGCUGUGGCAGCCCGCGGCCUGGAGCCUGGUGUGCAGCUACCCGCGGCAGGUGCUGCAGCACGCGGGCGGGCUGCGUGUGUCGGACGUGGCGGCGGAGUCGCGGCAGGUGGCCCUGUUCGUGCAGCACAACAGCAGCAGCGGCAGCGGCAGCGGCAGCGGCGACAGUGGUACGGCGGUGGCGGAGUCGUGAUGAGGGACGCCUAGAGACACUGAGUCGCCUGGUAUGGCGUGGAUGCAACAGCGGCGGCGGCGGCGGCGGCGGGCGGCGGUGGCAUUAGCGGUACCACCAGUGAUGCGGCGGCCUAGUAGUGAGGGGCUGUGUGGGAGCCGGGGCACUGAGGCGGCUGGUAGGCCUUGGCAUUGGUCUUGGCACUGGUCUUGGCACUGGUCGUCUUGGCACUGGCAUUGGCAUUGGCAUUGGCGAUGUUGCUGGUGGUGAUCAGUGUGUUGGUGGUUGAGUAAGUGGCAGCAGUGCGGCGGCGCAACCAGUUGGGUGGGCGCAUGCAAGGGCAGGAACAGAGGAGGCGGCAGCAGGUGGAUGCGGAGGGGCUGAGGCGGGCGUCAAACAAUCAAAGCAGUGCGAGCAGUGCCCCACACAGGCCACAAGCGGGGCGCCGCGUGUGAACGAAACCCCUUGCAAGCACCUCGCCUGGCUCGGCCCGGUAGGGCAUCCAGGUGUCCAGGGUCACAGUACGCACGCCUGGGUCUUCUUGAGCUGCUGGAGCGAGGAGCUGGCUGGAAGGUGCCUGUGGGCUGCCGUGCGUGUGCGCUGCGUCCGACGCAUAUGCAGCAGCAGCUCAGGCGCAUGUGCCGGCGCAUUGUAACUGGGCUGCCGA